CGUGUGCUGACGACUCCCGCGCCCCGAGGGUUCCAGUCCGGAGCCCUGCGUCCCCGGGAGAAGAUGGAGCGGCCAGAGCAGGAGCUGAUCCGGCAGAGCUGGCGGGCGGUGAGCCGCAGCCCGCUGGAGCACGGCACCGUCCUGUUCGCCAGGCUGUUUGACCUGGAGCCCGACCUGCUGCCCCUCUUCCAGUACAACUGCCGCCAGUUCUCCAGCCCCGAGGACUGUCUCUCCUCCCCCGAGUUCCUGGACCACAUCAGGAAGGUGAUGCUGGUGAUUGACGCUGCAGUCACCAAUGUGGAGGACCUGUCCUCCCUGGAGGAGUACCUUGCGGGCUUGGGCAGGAAGCACCGGGCAGUGGGCGUGAAGUUCAGCUCCUUCUCGACGGUGGGCGAGUCCCUGCUCUACAUGCUGGAGAAGGGUCUGGGCCCCGCCUUCACACCGGCCACGCGGGCCGCCUGGAGCCAGCUCUACGGGGCCGUGGUGCAGGCCAUGAGCCGAGGCUGGGACGGCGAGUAAGAGGCGGCGCCACCAGCCUGGGUCUGUCCCUUGGUCCGAGUCUGUUGUAACCCCAGUCCCCUGGCCUCCCUGUGUCUUGUUCCCGGUCCCUUGGCCACAGGGGAGGGGUGAUGGAGCAGCCCAGCCUCCUCCCCAACCCCAGGAGGGGCUCCUCCUCCCGGUCCCGCUUCCCAGCAGCCAAUCCCCUGCCAUCCUUUUUAUCUCUCUCAGACACCCCCUCUUGUCCCCGGAGCAGAGCACUGGUGGCAGAGGUGGCCCUGGGGCCCGGAAGGCAGGAGGCUGAUGGGGAUGGGGUGUUCCGUCUAUGCCGCCUUCCUAGGCGAGCCCAGGCCAAGCAGGGGCUCGGGUGCCUGGGCUGCAGGCAUUUCCCCGUCUUGCCUGCUCAGGCCUUGGCUGCUGCCCUGCAGAGACAGCAGCUCUGGCCUUGCAGUGGAAGCGCGGGCUUGGGAGCAGGAGAUGGGGGCUUCUGGGGGCCUCGGGACUGCUCACGCGCCAUGUGGCAGGCAGUUUUCCUAGGGCGAAAUGUCCCUUCCCCUCGCUCGGCACCUCCACCAGGAGCUCCUGGGAACUUGCUCUGGAAGAACCCAGCCCGGGGUGGGGGCGGCAAGGAAGGAGGGUGCCUGCCUUGGGAGACCCGGCAGCUCUCCCUCACCGCGGCACCUGGCCGGGCUGACUGUCCCCUGUCCCGUGAGCCUCCUUCCUGUGGGCGCACAGCCCCCCCUCAUCUACCAGCGCUGCGUGCUUGCGCUCUCCCAGACAGCUGCAAGAGGAAGCAGCAGCAGAGGCUCACAGGCCCUCCGCUUGUCUGCUCCGUGCCGUGGUUCUAGAACCCUGUGAGGAAUAAACCUGUGCCGUGCGCCUCUCUGACCCUCAGACCUGCUCUCUUCCUGGUCCGGGUGAAAAUGCAAGCAGCGGAUCUCAGGGCUGGGUCAGCAGUGGAUGGCGAAAGAGCCAGAGGCCUGGCUGCAGAUGGAGCCGUGAAUCUGUGGCCCAGACCGGCUGGCAGCGCACCGAACCCAGUUCCUCUUCCGCCUGGGGGCACACGUGGACUGCCCUGACCAGCCUUAGGAGAGAUGCGCGACCGAGUUCCGAUCCGUGGGCCGCGCGGGGUGGGACCACUUCCCCCGGAUCUUGCACAUCUUCCUCCGUGCUCUGUCAUCCUCAGGCCAGCUUGGUGCCGAGUCAUCGCGUGAAGGAGGUGCCCUGAUUACCUGCUGUGACCGUUAGCUGAGCAAGGCGCCACCUGCUCUGUGUUGAGGCCAGGAACAUGCAGGGGUUGGCUGGGGUGACACACAGCCAUAGUUGUCUGUAGCCUGAGGAAGUUCGUUGUGAGGUGGGGGCUUGAGAGGCGGCCCAGG